UUAUAUGCAUUCAGUUAAUUAAUCAGAUGAGGUUGUGCAACAAGUAAUAUAGCAAUUCAAAGUUAUGAAUACGAGGGGUAUCUUAACAAACUUUUUAAAAAAAUCACGUAGAUGCACUUUUUCUACGAAGGCGUGUGUACCGGCAGAGGUACGAAUUGUCGAAGUUGGUCCACGGGACGGUUUGCAAAAUGAACCAAAGCUUUUGGCGACAGAAGUAAAAAUAGAACUCAUUAAUCAACUGUCUGAAACGGGGCUAAAAACUAUCGAAGCCACUAGUUUUGUAAGUCCUAAAUGGGUACCUCAAAUGGGUGAUAAUACACAAGUUCUACAGGGCAUUCGGAAAUUUGAUGGUGUUUCAUAUCCAGUUCUUACACCGAACAUUAAGGGAUUCGAGAGUGCAUUGAAAGCAGGUGCUAAAGAAGUUGCAGUUUUUGGUGCCGCGUCAGAUGCGUUUUCACAAAAAAAUGUGAAUUGUUCUGCAGCAGAAAGUAUUGAGCGUUUCAGGCCCGUAUUAGAUGCUGCCAAAGCUAAUAAUAUUAAAGUCCGUGGUUACGUAUCGACUGUUGUUGGUUGCCCCUAUCAGGGACCUAUUAAACCAAUGGAGGUUGUUAAAGUUGUUGAAGCCUUGUACGACAUGGGUUGCUAUGAAAUUUCGUUAGGUGAUACAAUAGGUGUUGGAACCCCGGGUACCAUCGCCAAAAUGUUGGAAGAAGUUGUAAGAGUCGUGCCUCCCAAAAAAUUGGCUGGUCAUUUCCAUGACACAUAUGGUCAAGCUUUAGCAAAUAUCCUGACGGCCUUAGAUUAUGACAUCUCGGUAAUUGAUUCUUCUGUUUCUGGGCUUGGGGGAUGUCCGUAUGCUCGAGGUGCAUCAGGAAAUGCUGCCACAGAAGAUGUUGUUUACAUGCUGCAUGGAAUGGGUAUCAAGACAGGUGUUGAUAUUGAAAAAUUGAUAUCAGUUGGCCGCUACAUUUGUCUAAAACUUGGAAGGCCAUCCGAAUCCAAGGUCAAUAGGGCUUGGAAAGGCCAAUAACUUCUACUCAUCUAAAUGACCAGAAAAUAAUGCAUUUAUUAACAUUAAGAGAAAAGUGUACCAACUCCUUUUUAUUUUAUUGUAAAUUAAUUGACGUUUAACAUAUAAUGUGUUAGAACUUUACAAAGCGAAUAAAAUAUUAAUAAAUUAGCUUCAAAUAUAAA